AUAUAAAAUAUAUAAAAUAUAUAAAAUAUAUAACCGAUGCGAAGCGCAAAAACUUCAGAAUACAACUGGCAAGUAUACAGAUACGCUUGUGGAUAUUGCAAUUUUUGGGAAAAAACACACUGCUAUGAAAUACAUUUAUUUAUAAUUGUAAAGAAAGUGUCCAAAGUUUUAUCAUAUUGACAUUGAUAAAUAUGUUUGACUUGCUGUGUAUGUUUACAAAUGUAUUGCGAUAUAUAAACAUGAGCAAUGAUUUGUUUAUUUCCCGACGUGUUGUGAAGGGUCGCGAUAUAUAUAUAUAUAUUUUUUCGCCGUUGUGAAUGUAUUUUAUUUCCUCAUGUUUUGGCACAUUGCGUGUUAAUGAGGGUCCACCCUGAUUGUCCUUAAUGAGUCUGUGCGGAGGCAGCUCCGCUCUGCCUGAACCCCUCUCAGACCUCCAGCGCGGUCAUACUCACCCCCAGAACACUGCGCUCUCCGCUCUCCGGGGACGAGACCGAAGCCUGUGUGGCAGAUUGAGCUUAACGAAUGCCCACCGUCAGGAGUUUCGUGCACUUAGAACUUUUAUCAAAGAAUUCCCAGCUCUCCGCGUGAAAUUUCUAAACUUGUGUUUUUGGUUUUUGGUAUGUCUCACAUGGAAAUUUAAAAUAGAAUUCAGGGCAGAAUGUGUCUUUUUGUUUGAUAGUAAUUAUGAAAGUCUGUAUUAAUUUGCCUUUAUGGUUAUUAUUUUUCUUCUUUUCCUGAAACUGAACAUUUAAAAAAAUCACAUUUUAAUCCAGGAACAGUUUAACACAAACAAAGUCUGCUUCACAGCCAAUUUCUUCCAUAAAUUAUUCUACAAAUAUUUUCUUAUGUAUUUAUUAUUUAUUUAUUUAGCUUUUUCCAUGUUUAAGAGCUCAGUUAAGGAUAAUAAUUUGCUGCAUCAGUUACCCAUACAAAUAAAAGGCCAGGCCUUUUAGCUUGUGUUCCUAAGCCUGGGAAGGGCUCUUAGAUUCGUAUGAAUAGCUCACUCAAAGGCCACUUUAUCAUCUCUGACAGGGUUAACGUCUUCCCAGAAUGCUUAGGCUUUGUUUGAACAACUUGCAUGUUUCCUUUUAUUGUUUAGGUUUUCUUUUUGAAAAGGAGGCAAGCUUUCGGAUCUUGGAAGCUGUUGCCAUGUUUGAAGUGUCUGAACUGUGGCAUUAUAUCAGUUUUUACCCAGACCGGGCUGUGAGGGGGUGCAGUGGGUUGUGAGAUACAUGUGAGAAAAAGUUACGACCACGCAAGAAAAGAGCUUCAUCGAAAAGAUGAAGAAAACAGGCAGGAACAUCGUGGUGUUUUAUGGCUCUCAGACGGGCACGGCCGAGGAGUUUUCCAACCGCCUCGCCAAAGAUGCCCAGCGCUACGGCAUGAAGGGGAUGGCAGCGGAUCCAGAGGAGUACGACAUGUCGGAGCUCUCUCGCCUGGCGGAGAUAGAGAACUCCAUCGCCAUCUUCUGCGUGGCGACGUACGGCGAAGGGGACCCCACGGACAACGCUCAGGAGUUCCACGAUUGGCUGCAGGAGGGCGACGCCGAGCUGGGGGGCGUCAACUUCACGGUGUUCGCUUUGGGGAAUAAAACAUACGAGCACUUCAAUGCCAUGGGGAAAUACGUGGACAAAAGGCUGGAGGAGCUGGGCGCCAAGAGGAUCUUUGACUUGGGGAUGGGAGACGACGACGCCAAUUUGGAGGAGGACUUUGUGUCCUGGCGGGAGCAGUUCUGGCCCGCGGUGUGUGAGCACUUUGGCGUGGAAGCCACUGGAGAGGAGUCCAGCAUCCGGCAGUACGAGCUGGAGGUGCACAGCGACAUCGACAUGAGCACGGUCUACACCGGAGAGAUCGGCCGCCUCAAGAGCUUCGAGACCCAGAGGCCGCCCUUCGAUACCAAAAACCCCUUCCUGGCUCCGGUCACGGUCAACCGCAAACUGAACAAGGGGGGGAGCCGCCACCUGAUGCACCUGGAGCUGGACAUCACGGGCUCUAAGAUCAGGUACGAGGCUGGAGACCAUGUUGCAGUGUACCCCACCAACGACCCUGCUAUCGUUAAUCAGAUCGGGCACGUCCUCGACGUGGACCUUGAGACUGUCAUCUCCCUCAGGAACCUUGACGAGGAGACCAAUAAGAAGAACCCAUUCCCUUGUCCCACCACGUACCGCACGGCCUUGAUGCACUACCUGGACAUCACCAGCCCCCCGCGGACCAACGUGCUGUACGAGCUGGCUCAGUAUGCCUCAGACUCCGCCCAACAGGAGCACAUGCGCAAAAUGGCCUCCUCUUCCCCGGAGGGAAAGAGUCUGUACCAGAGCUGGGUGCUGGAAUCUCGCCGGAACAUUCUGGCCGUCCUGCAAGACCUGCCCUCCCUGCGCCCGCCCAUCGACCACCUGUGUGAGCUGCUGCCCCGCCUACAGACCCGGUACUACUCCAUCGCCUCCUCCGCCAAGGUGCACCCCGGCAGCAUUCACAUCUGUGCGGUGGUGGUGGAGUACCAGACCAGCACCAACCGGGUGAACAGGGGCGUGGCCACCACCUGGCUGAAGAACAAGCGGGUGACGGACAACGGGCACAAGUCCACGGUGCCCAUGUACAUCAGGAAGUCUCAGUUCCGGCUGCCGUUCAAGCCCAGCAGCCCGGUGAUCAUGAUCGGGCCUGGGACCGGCAUCGCUCCCUUCAUGGGCUUCAUCCAGGAGCAGGCCUGGCUCAGGGAGCAAGGCCGGGAGGUGGGCGAGACCAUUCUGUACUAUGGCUGUCGUCAUAGAGACGAAGACUUCCUGUACCAGGAGGAGCUGGAGGAGUUUGAGAAGGCGGGAGUGCUCACGCAGGUCAACGUGGCCUUCUCUAGAGACCAGGAGCAGAAGGUGUAUGUGCAACAUCUGCUGAAGAAGGACCAAGAGCACCUGUGGAAGCUGAUUGACCGGGAGAAUGCACACAUCUACGUCUGCGGGGAUGCCCGGAACAUGGCGCGGGACGUCCAGAACACCUUCUCCGGCAUGGCGGAGGAGAUCGGAGGAAUGGAUCGCGCCCAGGCGGCGGAGUACGUCAAGAAGCUGAUGACCAAGGGCCGGUACUCACAGGACGUCUGGAGCUAAAACAAAAAAAAACUAUAAAAACCUCAAACUGACCGACUCUCACAAACGCACAUUCCGUUCUGGAUUCUGGAUGACUGGCUAAUCACUGCUGGUAUUUUUUUGCAAGACAAAACUUAAAACCUUCAGAGAUGAACUAUUCGUUGAAUGUGAUGUCAGGGUUAAGUUGGUUGGCUACCUCAGGUUGGAUUCUGUAAGUGCUUAGCUUUUUCCUGACCAAAAUAACAACUGUGGACUGUUAACGUUGCACACACUCAUCAGAUCUGACAUAAGAAGGGAUUUUAAAGUGAGCUCUAACUGUCACAUGUAGAAUGUGAUGUCGCCGGGUUAAUUGAGUGUGUAAAUAUCAAGGAUGAGUAAUACAUUUAAUGCUGUAGAAAACAAGUAAGUCAUAACAUUUUUAAAAGGUGAAAAACCGUUUCUUAACCUUUGAAAAAAAAACUGCCGUUUGGGAUUAUGUGGAGACUGUUUUUUAAGGAUUAUUUUAUGUGCAAGAUGCUCAACUGUGACAAGAAGAACGGUCAGACAUCCACAGUAUAGCAGGCCUGUCUGAUAUUCACACAUCAUCUGUGCAGUCAUGUCCAUUUCUAAUCUGGCCUUAUAUUUAUGGUACAUGUCGGUGGCUUGUGCUGGACACUUGUAAUCGGUUUUAAAGACAAUCACUUGCUAGCACCGACAAUAAUAAAAUAUAUUGUAAAAUCA